AUGGCUAGGAAACGAGGAUUGGCAUCUAUCAAGACCAUCACGGGUGAGCGGAUGGAAAUGUUCCAUCGGGCACUCGAUGGUUACAUAUCCAAGGGCUUCUGUGCUAUCGUCAAGGAUAAUCGCCUCGACCCAUCUAAGCCAGAAGCAUCUACGUGCCAAUCUAUCUGGGAGAAGCUGAGUAAGGGCACCCCUUAUCAAGGGUCACUCGCCCCUCUGCCAGAGCACUUCACAGCUAGUCAUCUAGUCUACCGAGACCAACAUCCAACUACGCCUUGCCGUAUAGUCUUAGACUAUAGAGAGGCAAAUCUAUACUCUCUAAGAGGCGGUUAUCCGCAGAAUAGUCUACAUGGUACUCUACUCUUAUUGAGGUCAUCUAAGUACUUCGUUGCCGGUGAUUUGAGUAAAGCAUUCUGUAGAAUGCAAUCUAGCCGUGCAGACGUGCCCUAUGUGGGGUAUACCUGUAUUGGACCUUUCACGGUCCUAUGGUCACGUGUUGGAUUUGGAACUAGGGCGGCACCUAAUAUGUUGGAUAGUGUUGUGGAUGAUACCAUCGACGAGAUCUACGACUUGAGUCAACUAGCGGCCGAAAUCGAUGGAGAUACUUUCGAAGUCGCUGUGAAAAGUAUCGACCCAGAAAGGAUCAAGAGUGCAUUACUCUAUCCUUCGGAAGAAGGCUAUGACUAUCUAUAUGACGGUCCACCUAUACCGAGCCACGUGAAGAUGCUAAAGUUCGUUGACGACAUCUACGCUUUAGGAUCUACAGUUGCUGAAGCUCAACGCAACUACCGAUUUGUAUCAUACCUACUCAAAGGGCAUGAUCUACCCGCUGAAGACCUGAAGAAGUUCGAGAACUGGAUCUGCAAAUCUGUAGCGGGUAUCGAGACACGUGGACAUCUAUUAGGGUACGAUUAUCUACCGUCUAACGAUGGCCUCUAUCCCACGAUGUCUGCUAAGCCACCUGAGGGCCUCACACAUAUGAGCAAGCGCUCAUCUAGUAGCAUCCUGGCUUCUCUCUAUGAUCCAUUGGGCCUGAUCAUAGAGCAGGAUAUUCUAGCUAGAUCUAUUUGGCGGCGAAUCUGCCAGGAAAUCAAGGAGUGGGAUCAAAUUAUCCCCUAUCAGUUGCAGCAGCAGGUUAUUAGAUGGGCCUCCGAAACUACCCAAGUAUGUAAAACCAUAUCUACGUCAAGGUAUACUCCCUAUGAUGCAGAGCUGGUCCUCAGCACAGAUGCAUCUAAGGAUGCUUGGGGCGCCGAUCUACGAUUAAAAUCGAGACCUGACGUGCGUCUGGCAGCUAAAGGAGCUUUAUAUACAAACUCCACUCUAUCCUGGUCCAUCCCUAGGAAGGAACUAGAUGCCCUUUAUCGAGGUUUGCUCUGGACCCAGGCAUUAUCGGCAUAUCUACCGAUCAAGAGCAUCUAUGGGGAGAACCAAGCCCCAUUGAGUAAGCUCAGCCCCGGGGUACCUAUCUAUCGACUGGUUGUGGCGAUCGACUCGGAGCUCACAGUAUAUCGGCUAAAGAGACCAUCGAACGAUACUCGACUUCCAGCACCUGAAAGAAGGCGGCUUCAAGCUAUACGUAAUCUAUGCGUUCAGCUCGAUGCCACGGUGCGACAUAUUCCUUCUGGAUGCAAUCCAGCGGACUCUGUAUCUCGGUAUGCAAUGGGGAGAGACUUCGAUGGCCACAAACUAAGUGAAGCUAUCGAUUCUGCUAGCGUGAUCUACGACUACCGAGAGGAUACUAAUGACGAAGAAUGGCAGUUCAAUGAGGACAUCUACUGUCAUGUCGCAUCAUGUAUCCACGAUCCUGAGCGGGAUCUGCUAUUCUCACCUAUCCCCUCCGUGACCGCGGGGUGCUGCGCUACGCUUGCACCGCCUACAACCGCUAACGCGGGGUGCUACGCUACGCUUGCACCGCCUACAACCGCUAACGCGGGGUGCUACGCUACGCUCGCACCAAACAUUACCUAUGCCUAUGGGUCUAGACCAUUUUGUCCUACUACAUUGUGGUUAUCUCUAUCCACAGUCGUGGACGUGGGGUGCGGUCAGACAGUACAGUCUGAGCAAGAGAUCCGUGGCCCCUACCAAAAAAUGAAAUCUAAGGCUAAAUUAGGCGUGUAUCCUUCUCGCUCUCCAACGGCAACGAAUAUCGGGUGUGGUGGAAGGUGCUGUCUCAUCAACUGUGAUGGUAUCGAUGUCCCCAACAUCGAUAAGACUGACCUAUCUGCAGAGCUGAAGGAUGAAUUAAAGAACCUAGCGAGACAUAUUGACGUCUCGAGAGGGACAGAGGCCGAUCUGAGUCAUCUACAGGAUAGCAUCGAGUUCAACAGCGACCUCAACACCUGUCUAAGACGAUGUCAAUCCGAAGACGAAGAUCUGGCAAAGUUCCGAGAUUAUCUACUCGGCAAGCUUCCUAGAAGAUCCGUGGGUAUGAGGAGUACUACCUUUGAUCGAAUGGAGAGUCACUGUCAUCUAGACCAAGACGGUAUCAUAAGGCAGAGGCCUUGGUAUGAAGGUCCUUCUCGAGAGGAUGACGUUGAUGGGAUGAUCUAUCUCGGUGGAUCAAGAUAUGCUCGUCUGGUAUGCAGUCUACUUUGCGUUAUCUACCAUUAUGUCUUGGCACACACUGGACAGAGGAAGUUGCGGCUAUAUCUUCAGAGACGAUUUAUCGGUAAGGACGAGGAAUCUACUUGA